AUGAUAGGGUGCAGUGCCAGAGCUCCAACCUUCCCUAUUUGGUACUACAGGCCCCGGGCUUCCUGGCCUGGCUCGGGCUUCUCCCCAGUGAAGCCAGGCCCUACCGGAGGGCUUGCACAGGGCUUUGGUCUGGCUUGGCCUGGCCUCUCCGGGCUUGGCUUGGCCUGGCUCAGGCUUCUAAGCCAAGCCCGGCACAACACUAGCCAUAUGAGAUGCACGGCUGCUGUAGGGUCGUAUCAUUUCUGGAGCCCACCGCGAGGGGAUCUCAGGCAAGAAUUCGCCGCUUUCGGGUUUCCGAAAACAUCUCCAGUACUCACCCGCUCGCAAGCGCGUGAGGCUGCUAGUCGCAGCGCCGCCGAAAACCUCGACAGCUCCUCUCGAACGCACUCGACUCCCUCUCCAACAAUUCCCGGUAACUUCGACCGCGACGAAGAAGACGAGAUAGACCAAGAACUCCAGGACGACUUCGACGAAGAACCGAUCCCUUCGACCGCCGAAGAACGCACUUUGUCCCCCGAGCUUCUAGGCCUCACUACUUCCGACUACGCCACUUCGACUCCUGAUCUUUUCGACCAAUCCGGUUCUUCGCCCGAACCCGAGGAUCCCAUCCCAUCUACUUCGAAUCUCGUACUUCCGACUCCGUCUUCUUUUCGCGCCCACGCUCAGCCGCCCAUCGCAUCCUCUUCGCGACUUUCAGUCAUACCUACAUCCGACCUGGCACCUCCGCCACCAUUGGCACCUUCGAACGCAGCUUCGAACUCCAACCCCGCAUCGCCCGCACCUACGAAUCCUUCGACUACUACCGCAUCCUCUUCGAGCCCAGCUCCUACUAACACUACGAACAUGAGUCAGAACACGAACACACCGUUGAUGCCCCCGUGCGGUCAUUCGACGGCACCGAGCUUCGACCCAUCGGAAGUCCGUUCGCUUCGGCGUUACUUCCAGGACCUCGAGGCGUUGUUCACCCAGUGUCAGAUUACUGAUGACACGGCCAAGAAACAGUGGGCCGUUCGGUACCCUUCGAUCGACGUCGCCGACUUAUGGGAAACCAUCGAGUCCUUCAUCGACGUAACCAAGAGCUACAACGACUGGAAGGCCGACGUACGAGCACUCUAUCCUGGUGCCGACGAUACAAGAAAGUGGUCGCUGGCAGACAUGGAUCAGCUCAUCGGAGAACGCGCUCGUAUCGGGAUUCACAAUGCGGCAGAUCUGGGCUGCUAUUACCGUGACUUCAUGGCCAUUACGAAACAUCUCAUUGCACAGAACCGACUCUCCCCUAUCGAACAAAGUCGCGCAUUUCUUCGAGGAUUCCAGCCAGCGUUGCUCACAUGGCUCGAGACCCGACUGCAUCUCAAGCACCCCGAUCACUACGCCGACGACCCAUCACCAUGGCAGAAAUUCAUGCUGCGGCUACGUUCAUUUUACACGCCGACGACGCACGCUACACACAACCAUGCCCCCGCACCGAGACAACAGGCUGCUGUCCACGUCCACGAGAACACCGGAGCUGAACAGACGUGCCACUACUGCGGCAAUCGCGGCUGCAGGGUAGGCACCUGUGAGUUUGCGGAGAUCGACAUUCGGGACGGCAAGUGCAAACGGAACACCGAAGGCAAGAUCGUUCUUCCAAACGGAAGUUUCUGCCCCCGCACUAUCCCUGGUCUCACAAUACGAGAUCGAAUCUACGAGUGGCAUAGAAGAAAUCCCGCAGUACCAGCUGCUCCGACAAUGCUCUUCGAGAUCGACGAUCGCUCGACUGUGCAAACGUUCACGCUCAACACCAGUGGCAGGAUCGAGGCGCUCGAACGAGAACUCCUUCAGCUUCGGAAGCGAAGGGAGGUCUUCGACGGCGUUGAGAUUCUACAGCGGAAGAAGCCUACGACGACAGCCAUCCCGAGGAGCGCGGAAGCCUCUGGAUCUGGUACAUCGAAAGGAGUGGCGGCACCCCCGAGCACUUCGACAAGCACGGCCCCGCCUCCGACGAUACCAGCAGCAGCACCCGCGUCGUCUUCUUCCCCGCCUACGCAAUCCACGUCUCAACCUAUUGCUACAUCCGCUCCCCCAGCACCACCAGUACACCCCUUUGCAAACGCUCGCGAUGCAACCUACGCCCCGCCGAACGUUCGGAACUUCGCAACUCCGCCGAAGCCCUCGAACGACAAGGGCAAGGAACCAGCGUACAAGACCAUCGUCCCGGUUAUCCAGCCGAAGCUCGCCGAAGAAAUCUUCCAGCGUUCGAUGAAGUCGCAGUUUGUCACGCUGACCCCAGAAGAGUUGCUGUCGAUCGCGCCCGACGUUCGAACCAAGUACCGCGACGCCGUCACCCCUAAGCGAGUCUCGACGGAACCCGUCGCGUCGGCCCACAUCGUAGAAAUCGGCGCUGACGAGGUCAUGACCGUCAACCAGCUCUCGUGUUCGGGUGCAACGUUGGAACCCGGUGCUACAAUCGUCCCCGACCCCUAUGAAACAUAUCUGAAGCACAUCCCUCACGGCGAGCACCCCGCAGAAUUCACCGUCGCCCGCGAUUCGAACGCGAUUCGUUCGAUCAUCGCGUUGAUCGACAACAAAGAGCAGAUCGAAUGCAUCGUCGACCCAGGUUCGCAGAUCGUCGCCAUGUCGGAAGAGGUCUGUCUGGGCCUCAACCUCCUCUUCGAUCCUACUAUCCAGCUGAACAUGCAAUCGGCGAACGGCGAGGUGGACCGAUCGCUGGGACUCAUUCGAAAUGUUCCCUUCCGCAUCGGUGAGAUUGUAUUGUAUCUCCAGGCUCACGUCAUUCGAAACGCAGUGUACGACAUCCUCCUCGGCCGACCCUUCGACGUGCUCACGCAGAGCGUCGUCAAGAAUUUCGCCGACGAGAACCAGACCAUUACGAUCCUCUGCCCGAACACCGGCGAAACCGUCACGAUUCCGACCACUCUCUCGGGUGUCGCAAAUCGCAUUUUCUAG